AUGGCUUCUUUAACACGCUCUGUUGCGUCUGCCAUUGCUAACCGCUCUUAUAACAAUGUCCCUGCCUCAGCUUCCGCAUUGCGACACAUCUUCCACGUUUCUUCUUCUCAAGACGACGAACAUCACUCCCAACAAAAAUCCAGCAUUCCUGUCAAACAACGAUCUGCAGGCGGUUUGGUGAAUACUUCCUACGUCAAUGCUGCUCCUACUCAAGCCUUCUCGUUACGUCGCAACCACACUACCAAUGUCCCUGACUUUUCAAACUACAAGAAGCAAAAUUCUAGUGCUGAUACCAGCCGUUCUUUUGCUUACAUGAUGGUUGGUACUACUGCUUUGGUAUCUGCUGCUGGAGCCCAAGCUACUGUAUCCGAUUUUUUGGCUAACAUGUCUGCUUCUGCUGAUGUGUUGGCUUUAGCUAAGGCUGAAGUUGACCUUGCUUCUAUUCCUGAAGGUAAGAAUGUCACUAUCAAAUGGCGUGGUAAGCCUGUGUUCAUUCGUCACCGUACUCAAGAUGAAAUCGCUGAAGCCAACCAAGUUAACGUUCAAGAAUUACGUGAUCCUCAACAAGAUGCUGAACGUGUAAAGAAACCUGAAUGGUUGGUGAUGCUUGGUGUCUGUACUCACUUGGGUUGUGUACCUAUUGGUGAAGCUGGUGAUUAUGGUGGUUGGUACUGUCCCUGUCACGGUUCCCAUUACGAUAUCUCUGGUCGUAUCCGUAAGGGUCCUGCUCCUCUUAAUCUCGAAAUUCCUGAAUACAACUUCCAAGAAGACAAGCUUAUUAUCGGUUAG